AUGUCUUAUACCGAAACAGAGCAGUUAGAGCUAUCGCAGCAGCUUUUGCUGGACUGCAACCUGCUGGACCAGAGAUUUGCUGCUCUGAAAAAGUCACUCGUCAAGCCUGAGAAUAAACAGAAGGUCAUAGAGUCGUAUGAGCGCCUGGUCAAGAUUCUGCGUAAGGAAGUCGACCACAUCGACAAGCAUGGAGCUGCCCUGGUUCCAGAGAUUGACUUCGACGACGUCCGAAAGAACGGCGGCAAACUUCCCGAUGACUUCACCAAGCUGGUGCAUGAACGAGGCUGCGUAAUCCUUCGAAACGUUGUCAGUGAAGAGCAAGCGGUCAGUUGGGAGACGUCGCUGAAGGACUACACCAAGCGUCAUCCGGGCGUAGGCGGUCAUCCCCACCACAAACCUGCAGCCUGGAACGUGUUCUGGACCAAAGCACAGAUGGAAAUGCGAACCCAUCCCAGAGUCUUGGAAGCCAUGAGAUGUGUCUCCAGGUUAUGGCACGUAUCUGAUCCAACAAUCCCCAUUGACCUCGACAGUCAGGUUAUCUACCCUGAUCGAAUCCGCAUCCGUUAUCCCAGCAAUGAUCCCGGACAAUUUCCUUUGGACCCUCACAUGGAUAGUGGGGCGAUCGAAAGAUGGGAGGAUGAUGAGAAUCGAAAGAACUACGCGGCCAUUUUUGAGGGUAACUGGCAAGACUGGGAUGCGUGGUCUGCGGAUCACCGUGUCACAGCCCAAAGUGAUCUUUAUCAUACAGGUACAGCUUGCUCGGUAUGGAGAAGUCUUCAAGGAUGGCUGUCCCUUUCAAACACGCAGACUGGUGAAGGGACACUACGAGUACUCCCCAGUCUGAAGUUGUCUAUGGCCUACAUCAUGCUGAGACCGCUGUUCCAUACUGGAGAGUACAACGAUUCUCUACCCACGUUCCCAGGCGCCACUCCAGGCCAAACCCAGUUCUUCCCAACUGUUGAGGGCCAUCCUGAUCUCGACAUCAAGCGAGCCAUCGUCGGUAUUCCCCCUGUCCGACCCGGUGAUUAUGUCUUCUGGCACUGUGAUUUGGUCCAUGGUGUGGAUCCCACGAACCCCGGGCUCGUUGAUUCAAGCGUGUCAUACAACGCGUGCAAUCCGCUGACACCCUAUAAUAUUGAGUCUCUCCUGACGACUCGUGAGGCAUUUCAGAAAGGAGAUGUUCCAAUUGACUUUACGCGAUCGCACGGCACAUGGGAGAGGGAAUACGACCAUGAGGAUUGCGGAGCCAGGGUUGAGAACAUUCUUACCAAGGCGGGUCUUCAGGCGAUGGGUCUCGAAAGGCUUGAUACGGAAGAAGAGGGGUUGACACAAGGUCAGAAGGAGGUGCGUGAGAUGGCUAAUGGGAAGUUGGGACUGUGA